UUCCUACCGGACGGGCGGAGUCCACAAUGCGCUGUUUCCAGCCGGAAUUAUUUUGGUGACGGACUGGAAUAAUUAACCAAUCAUCUCUCUUCAUGCCGAAAACCUCAACCAAUCACAGAACAGGGAGGGCGGGAGUAAAAGUUUACGGCUGUUUAUCUAUGGUUUGGCGCACACAGCUGCAUCCGGGUUCGCUCUUGCGAUUAAAUAUGCCGCAUUUUCCCCUUUUUAACCUACUUCAAAAAACGAGGCCAGCAUUUAAGCACUCUUUUUAUGGUUACAGACGUUACGAAAUCAGCUAACAACACAGAAGUCCAGGGUAUAGGAGGAGUGACUCAGGCUAAUGAGCAAAAGCAAUUUUUAAAUGUGAUUAAAAGCAUGGAUUUGACAGGAUUGUAGGCUUCCGUAGCCCGUUAUUUGACUGUUUUUACUGUAGAAUAAGCCAUGGUGCCAUUAAAGCGAAGAAAAGUAGCAGGUAAUAACAGUGUGGCUGAGCAGGGUGGAACUAAAACACCACCCAAGUUCCCUGAAGUGUUUUUAUUCCUGCUGGAAAGAAAAAUGGGAGCCAGUCGAAGAGCUUUCCUCUCUCAGCUCGGACGAAAGAAAGGAUUUCAGGUGGAGGAGUUAUUCAGCGCAAGUGUCACACAUGUCAUUUCUGAGAACAACUCAGGUGAUGAGGUCAGGGCGUGGCUGGACUCACAGGACAGGACUCGCAGAUGCCCGGCGCCGCUUCACCUUCUGGACAUCAGCUGGUUUACAGAGAGCAUGAGUGCUGGUCAUCCUGUCCAGAUCCUGGAUCGACAUAAAGUACAGGUGCAGCAGGCUGAUGAAGUAGAAGUUGCUGUGUGCUCAGUGCCCAGCUACGCCUGUCAGAGAAGAACCAGUCUGGACAACCACAACACUGUCCUCACUGAUGCCUUAUCGCUCCUGGCUGAAAACGCUGAGCUCAGUGACCAGGACGGGCGAGGUGUCGCGUUCCGCCGUGCUGCCGCCGUGAUGAAGUCUCUCCCCGAGCCAGUGACCAGCAUGACACAGCUCCGAGGGUUGCCGUGUCUCGGGGAACAUUCGCUGAGAGUCAUCAGAGAUGUCUUGGCGAAUGGAGCGUCACGUGAGGUGGAAUCUAUGAAGCAGUCCAAGCAGUAUAAAGCACUGAAGGUAUUGACGGGGGUGUUUGGAGUUGGAGCAAAAACAGCGGCCCGGUGGAUCAGAGAGGGGAUACACACUCUUCACCAGUUACGCAAUUCAGGACACGCGCUCAAUCGAGCUCAACAAGCCGGUUUGGAGCACUACGACGACCUCAACCAGCAGGUGUCUAAGGCGGAGGCCGAAGCUAUCCAACAGAUUGUGGAGGAAGUGGUUGCCUCUGUGUUACCGGGCGCAAAGGUUACUCUGACGGGAGGAUUCAGGAGAGGAAAGCUGAUGGGUCAUGAUGUUGACUUCCUCAUCACACACCCAGAGGAAGGCAGAGAGGUGGGGCUGAUGUCUAAAGUGGUGUCCUGGCUGGAGUCACAGGGUUUUCUGUUGUACCAGAAAACCACACGUAACUCUUACCUGGUGUCUGACGAUAGCCCUGCCCUGCCUUCCUCCAACAUGGACCGCUUUGAGAGGUGUUUGUCCAUCUUUAAACUGGCCCAGGACCAGACGCAUAGAGCAAAACAGCUGGGGGCGCUACAUCUAGAUACAGCCGAGCGUCGGCGUGGUGACUCAGGUCUGCAGACGGAUCAGGAUUCACGUUCACAGAGGAUUCAGACGCCAGGAGGGCAGGAGGACACAAAGCCAUGGAGAGCUGUGAGAGUGGACCUGGUGGUUUCUCCCAUUAGCCAGUUUGCUUUUGCUGUCCUUGGCUGGACAGGAUCCAAGUUGUUUGAGCGAGAGCUGCGACGCUGGGCCGGACAGGAGAAAGCCAUGUCUCUGAGCAGCCAUGCUCUCUAUGACAACAAACAGGGGAAAUAUCUUCAAGCCUCAUCAGAGGAGGAGAUAUUUGCACAUCUUGAUCUGGAGUUCAUCCCACCGUCGGAGAGAAACGCCUGAGGAACAAACAUCUGCUUCAGACAUCAAGUUUGAGUGGCAGAGUUUAUCAGAUUUUUACAAAACACUGGAGAAGCUCGAUUUUCCAGCAGUAACUCUGUCAUCGGUUGACACAGUCUGUCUAGGAAGAGAGACGUGUUUCUGUCACUGUAAAUGGGGAAAACAAAAAAAGAUGUACGUCAACACAAACAACAAAAUAUCAAGAACCUUACUGAAGAAGAAUUCAGUGCAGGACUGUUGGAUCACAAGU